UCGGUAGCGGACGUGUUUUUAAGCACAUCUUUGACCAAUCAGCGCAUGGUGUGUGGGAAUGAGAAACAGUAUAAAAUCCUGUGAAUUGAGCACAGAAAUGCAUCAGUCAAAUAGUUUCCAUCAUAAAGAACUGACAUGGCACGUACUAAGCAAACUGCUCGUAAAUCUACAGGAGGAAAGGCACCAAGAAAACAACUUGCAACCAAGGCAGCACGUAAGAGCGCACCAUCCACCGGUGGUGUGAAGAAACCACAUCGUUAUAGACCUGGGACUGUUGCUCUCCGUGAGAUCCGUCGAUACCAGAAGAGCACUGAGCUUCUUAUACGAAAGUUACCAUUCCAGCGUCUUGUCCGUGAAAUCGCUCAAGAUUUUAAAACCGAUCUGCGCUUUCAGAGCGCAGCAAUUGGGGCUCUCCAAGAGGCUAGCGAGGCUUACCUGGUCGGUCUAUUUGAAGACACCAACUUGUGUGCUAUUCAUGCUAAGCGUGUGACAAUCAUGCCGAAGGAUAUCCAGUUGGCUCGGAGAAUCCGUGGAGAACGUGCUUAAGAAGUUCCAACACCCAAACCAAACGGCUCUUUUCAGAGCCAUUACUUAAUUAAAAGGAAUUUGUACAUUUGCCAUUACUAAUUGUUCAGUUUCCAAAAUCUUAAUUUAAGAUACCAAAUCUAAAAGAUGACACGUCAUUAUGACGUAGAUUUAUUAAAGAUUUACAAAGAAUUAUGAAAUGCAGUUUUUGUAGUUGGUGAAGGAUUACGCGCAUUCAGAUGGUAUAGACAGGGAACAGUGAAAUAAUAAUAAUUUUUUUUAAUACUAUUUUGGAUACAUGAUUAACACUCCUAGCGAGUUAUAUCUGCCGACUGUAUUACGAUAAACACAGAGAGGUGCGCAACUCUAGGCUAAACAGAAAAAAGAAUACGCAACAAACGUCCAUGCUAGGUCGCCUGUAAGACUCGGAGCCUCCUAACAGUACUAGGCAAUAUAGA